CCCCCUUUUCGGCCACCCCCUUUCGCCCCGUCUUUUCCUUUCCGCGUGCCCUAAUUUCUCGCUGCGCCUUGUCCCCCACCUCACCUCCCUCUCCCUCCCCUUCUAUACAUACACACACACGCCGUGACCGAGCGAGCCGGCCGGCCGCGGAAAGGAAUCUUUCAGCUCGCACCUCCCUAUCCCUUGCCUCCUCUCGUCUCCUGCUAGAGGCCAGGCCCUUGGUCAUCUUCACCUCUGCAAUUAUUUGGGGGACUCCUCUUCCUUCUUCCACCUCCAGCCUCAACUCAACCAAGGAGAGGAGGGAGGGCAGGAACUGCUGAGCAAGGAAAGGAUGGUGUAGCCGUGCCUCUGUGGCAUUAUGAGAGUGUGUGGAGGUGCGGGAUGGGCGAUGGCCUGCGCAGAUGAAGGAGCGACAGAGGUGGCGGCCUGAGGAAGACGCGGUGCUGCGGGCGUACGUGCGGCAGUACGGCCCGCGGGAGUGGCACCUGGUGUCGCAGCGCAUGAGCGUGGCCCUCGACCGCGACGCCAAGUCCUGCCUCGAGCGCUGGAAGAACUACCUCCGCCCGGGGAUCAAGAAGGGCUCCCUCACCGACGACGAGCAGCGCCUCGUCAUUCGCCUCCAGGCCAAGCACGGCAACAAGUGGAAGAAGAUCGCCGCAGAGGUGCCGGGGCGAACCGCCAGGACUCGGCAGUGGUGGGAGGUCUUCAAGGAGAAGCAGCAGCGGGAGCUCAGGGACAGCAGGAGGCCGCCGCCGGAGCCCAGCCCCGACGAGCGCGGGAGGUACGAGUGGCUGCUCGAGAACUUCGCGGAGAAGCUCGUCGGCGAGAGGCCGCCGCCGCCCCAGCCGCCGCCACCGCUGAUCAUGGCCGGGGCGCCCGUGCUGCCGCCAUGGCUGUCGUCGCCCAACGCCGCCGCGGUAGUCGCGCCGCCCCCCAGGCCGCCGUCACCGUCCGUGACGCUCAGCCUCGCGUCAGCCGCGGUGGCGCCGCCGCCGCCCGCCCCGGCGCAGUGGAUGCCGGUGGAGCGCGCCGCGGCGGAGGCGGCCGCGGCGGCGUACGGGUUCCCGAGCCCGCAGCACGCUCCCCCCGGCCCGCCGCCGGCCCCAGGCAUGGCGGUGGUGGAGGGGCAGGCGCUGGCGGAGCUCGCCGAGUGCUGCCGGGAGCUGGAGGAGGGGCAGCGCGCGUGGGCGGCGCACCGGCGCGAGGCGGCGUGGCGGCUCAAGCGCGUCGAGCAGCAGCUGGAGAUGGAGCGCGAGAUGCGGCGGCGCGAGGUGUGGGAGGAGUUCGAGGCCAAGAUGCGCACCAUGCGGCUCGAGCAGGCCGCCGCCGCCGAGCGCGUCGAGCGGGAGCACCGGGAGAAGGUCGCCGAGCUCCGCCGCGACGCGCAGCUCAAGGAGGAGAAGAUGGCCGAGCAGUGGGCCGCCAAGCACGCCCGCGUCGCCAAGUUCCUCGAGCAGCUCGGCUGCUCCCGCCCAUGGUCCGCCGCCACCGACAUGAACUGACCGCCGCCGCCGACGCCAUCACCGCCGCUCGACCUGCUUGACACACUUUCUUGCCUUCUUGGACGCGACAUGUAAAACCAACAGCAAUCAGACGACGACGCCAUGAAUCUCUUCCUGUUGUUUCUCUUUUCACAACUGUUGUUAAGGUUCACUCUUUCUCUCUAGUUGAUCAGAAUCCAGAAAUGCAUGUAUUGCUGCUGCUGCUGCUGCUGCUUGUACUGUCUUUGUUUCUUCUCACCAACACCAAGCUUACAUUACAUGUUGUCAGUCAUGGAUCAUGCCAAGGCAGCCAAGCUUCUUACUUAGCACUGAAUAAGCGAGAAAUUCAGACGAA